AUGUUGAAGGAAGUCGGCUGCGGCAGCACCACACCCCCGCUGGGGGACGGGGGUGGCGGGACGAACGGUCGGCAGAUCAGUGCGAACGAAGGGGGCGGCGGAGGCAGUGGGAGCGGCGGAGGCAGCGGUGGUGGCGGUAUCGGCGAGGGUGCCCUCGGUUGCGGCGGCUGCGGAAGGGAGAUCGCCGAGCGUUGGUACCUAAGGGCGGCUGAUCGCGCAUGGCAUUGCGGCUGCCUGCGCUGCUGUCACUGCCGGGUCCCUCUGGCCGCCGAGCUCACCUGCUUUGCCAGGGAUGGUAACAUUUACUGCAAAGAGGAUUAUUACAGAUUAUUUGCGGUAUCUCGAUGCUCCCGAUGUCGCGCUGGUAUUUCCGCCUCGGAAUUGGUGAUGCGAGCGCGCGACCUGGUGUAUCAUGUGGCGUGUUUCACUUGCGCCUCGUGCGGCACCCCACUGAACAAAGGCGAUCAUUUCGGCCAGCGGGACGGACUAGUGUAUUGUAGACCACACUACGAGUUGCUGUGCUGCGCCGGCGAUUACGGGGGUGCUGCCGGCAGUAUCGAAGAUCUUGGCUCGCCAGGGGUGUCGCCGCUUCCGGCUUACUACGAGCAAAGUCCGAUCACUUCCGGCACGGUGCAGAAAGGUCGACCGCGGAAGCGGAAGCUGUCGGAAGUCACCGGCUCCGAGCUUCCCGUCACGAUGAGACUGGCCGCUGGAGCGCUCGCGGACGUCGCCAUUGCAGAACUGCUGCAUCCCACGGAGCUGUCCUCAUCGAUGGAGUCGCUGGCUGCGUACGACGCAUCCGUGGGCUCCCCGGGACCGGUGCACCAGAAUCAGCGAACGAAGCGUAUGCGUACCAGUUUCAAGCAUCACCAAUUGCGAACCAUGAAGAAUUACUUCGCGAUAAAUCAGAAUCCGGACGCCAAGGACCUAAAGCAACUCGCGCAGAAGACUGGCCUGUCGAAAAGGGUGCUACAGGUAUGGUUUCAAAACGCGCGCGCGAAAUGGCGACGAAAUCUGAUGCGGCAGGACGGUAGCAACGCCGGUAGCAACGUCGGCUGUUCCGGAACGGCGGUAUCCUCGAGCACCGGCAAUUCUCCGACCGUCGGACCGGCAGCCAGCAUACUCGGCGACAGUAACAGCAUGCCCUCGACCUCGAUGGAGGAGUUACACGCCCUUCAUCAUCUGCAUUCAGGCGUUUCCUCUCAGGUCUCCUUUUCCGAUCUCUACUGA